AUGCUGCUGCUCCACGAGGCCAGCCUCUCCCGCUCGACGCUUCUCCUACGCUGCACCAUCGCAAUAACAAUCCUCUUCACGCAACUCGUCGCCAGCGCCAGCACCCCGUACGAAGCGACCUUCAACCGGCGGCAAGAUGCUGCAGGCGCCACCACCAACCACACGUCCGGCCGCUGGCUCUCCGCGUGGACGUCGAUGCCGCAACUGACCGAGCCCGCCAACCUGCCGCCCGUCCCCUUCAACAACAGCGAUGACGGCGUCAUCUUCCGCAACGCCACCAUCCGCCAGACGAUCCGCGUGACGGCCGGCACCUCGCGCGUGCGGCUGCGCCUCUCCAACGCCUUCGGCCUGGCGCCCCUGCCCAUCACCGCCGUCGCCAUCGGCAAGCCCGCGUCGCCGUACGGCAACGGCACCGGGCUCGCCGGCUCGCCGGCCGUCGACGUCUCGACGCUGCGGACGCUGACCUUCUCCGGGUCGCCCAACUUCACGGUGCCGAACGGGGCGCUGGUCGUGUCCGACGCCGUCGACGUGGACGUGGGCGGCGGCGGCCUCGCGCCCGGCGACGAGCUGAGCGUCAGCGUCUACCUGGCCGAGGGCCAGGCGGGCGGCGCCAUCACCUCGCACCCGGGGUCGCGGACGAGGUCGUGGCUGGCGACGGGCGACUGGACGGGGGCCGCCGACCUUCGGGGCGGCGACGAUGCGGCCAGCGUCGCGCACUGGUACUUCAUCAGCACGCUGGACGCGUGGGUGCCGUCGUUUUCGUCUUCGUCUUCAUCUCUCUUGGGCGGCGGCGGCGGCACCCUCGCCAUCGUCGGCGACAGCAUCACCGACGGCCGCGGCAGCACCACCGACGGCAACGACCGCUGGCCCGACGCGCUGCUCGACCGUCUCCAGCAGCAGCAGCAGCAGGGAUCGAAUUCCUCCUCCUCCCCCCCCUUACUCGCCCGCAUAGCCAUCGCCAACCAAGCCGCGGGCGGCAACCGCGUCCUCGCUGACGGCUUGGGCCCCAACGCGCUGGGCCGCUUCGACCGCGACGUGCUGGCGCAGCCGGGCGUGGCGUACGCGCUGCUCUUCGAGGGCGUCAACGACAUCGGCAGCGCCGCCGACGAGGCCGGCGCGCAGCGCGCCGUCGGCGACGCCCUCAUCGCCGCGUACAAGCAGUUCGCGCUGCGCGCCCGCGCCGCGGGGCUGCCGCUGUUCGGCGCCACCAUCACCCCGUUCAACGCGCCCGGCUUCGACGCCGCCGCCCAGCCGUACUCGGGCCGCGAGAGGGAGCGCACGCGGCAGCGGGUCAACGAGUUUGUGCGGAAUAGUGGGGGCGUCUUUGACGUGGUUGUCGACUUCGAUGCUGCGGUCAGGGAUGCGGAUGAUGAGACGAUGUUGCGGGCGGAGUAUGAUUCGGGCGAUUAUUUGCAUCUGAAUCCGGCGGGGUAUCGGGCCAUGGCUGACGCGUUUCCUGUAGAUGCGUUGGUGCAGUUUGCGGGAGGCGUGGAUGGAUAUGCGUAA